GUGGUGCCUUGACAAAGAGAAUAGAUUCCUGCAAAGGUGUAAGACAAGGAGGUUUAUUGGCCCCUUUACUUUUCAACCUUUAUAUGAAUGACCUGCCAGACCACCUCAGCAGCUCCGAGGUCCACAUGCCAAAAAUUGGGAAAUGAGGAGCCACCCCUUGGAGGGGGGAAACCGUAUACAUGCCUGGAGUGUGGACACGGCUUCACUCGUAGUGGAGAUUUGCAUAGACAUCAAAGGACUCACACUGGGGAGAAACCCUAUACAUGCCUGGAGUGUGGACAGAGCUUCACUCAGAGUACAGGUCUACGUUCACAUCAAAGGACCCACACUGGGGAGAAACCGUAUACAUGCUUGGAAUGUGGAAAGGGUUUCAUUCGUAAUUCUGGCCUACGUUCACAUCAAAGAAGUCACACUGGGGAGAAACCCUAUACAUGCCUGGAGUGUGGAAAGAGCUUCACUCACAUUUCAGGUCUACGUUCACAUCAGAGGACUCACACUGGGGAGAAACCCUAUACAUGCCAGGAGUGUGGACAGAGCUUCUCUCAGAGUGCAAGUCUACGUUCACAUGAAAGGACCCACACUGGGGAGAAACCUUAUACAUGCUUGGAGUGUGGAAAGGGUUUCAUUCGUAAUUCUGGCCUACGUUCACAUCAAAGAAGUCACACUGGGGAGAAACCCUAUACAUGCCUAGAGUGUGGAAAGAGCUUCACUCACAGUUCAGUUCUACGUUUACAUCAGAAGACUCACACUGGGGAGAAACCCUAUACAUGCCUGGAGUGUGGAAAGAGCUUCACUCAGAGUACAAGUCUACGUUCACAUCAGAGAACUCACACUGGGGAGAAACCCUACACAUGCCUGGAGUGUGGACAGAGGUUCAUUCGUAAUUCAAAUCUACGUUCACAUCAGAGGACUCACACUGGGGAGAAACUCUAUACAUGCCUGGAGUGUGGGCAGCACUUUACUGAGAAUGGAAGUCUACACAAACAUCAAAGGACUCACACUGGGGAGAAACCCUAUACAUGCCUGGAAUGUGGACAGAGCUUCUUUCGUAAUUCAAAUCUACGUUCACAUCAGAGGAUUCACACUGGGGAGAAACCCUAUACAUGCCUGGAGUGUGGACAGAGCUUCUCUCAUAAUUCAAGUCUAUGUUUACAUCAGAGGACUCACACUGGGGAGAAACCCUAUACAUGCCAGGAGUGUGGACAGAGCUUCACUCAGAGUACAAGACUACGUUCACAUCAAAGGACCCACACUGGGGAGAAACCUUAUACAUGCUUGGAGUGUGGAAAGGGUUUCAUUGAUAGUUCGGGCCUACGUUCACAUCUAAGAAGUCACACUGGGGAGAAACCCUAUACAUGCCUGGAGUGUGGACAGAGCUUCUCUCAUAAUUCAAGUCUACGUUCACAUCAAAGGACUCACACUGGGGAGAAACCCUAUACAUGCCUGGAGUGUGGACAGAGCUUCUUUCAUAAUUCAAGUCUACGUUCACAUCAGAGGACUCACACUGGGGAGAAACCCUAUACAUGCCUGGAGUGUGGAAAGACUUUCAUUCAGAGUGCAGGUCUACGUUCACAUCAAAGGAUUCAUACUGGGGAGAAACCCUAUACAUGCCUAGAGUGUGGAAAGAGCUUCACUCAUAGCUCAGGUCUAUGUUCACAUCAGAAGACUCACACUGGGGAGAAACCCUAUAAAUGCCUGGAGUGUGGACAGAGUUGCAGUAAUAGUUCUAGUCUACGUUCACAUCAAAGGAUUCAUACUGGGGAGAAACCCUAUACAUGCUUCGAGUGUGGAAAGAGCUUCACUCAUAGCUCAGGUCUAUGUUCACAUCAAAGGACUCACACUGGGGAGAAAUCCUAUACAUGCCUGGAGUGUGGAAUGAGCUUUACUCAUAGUUCAGGUCUACUUUCACAUCAAAGGACUCACACUGGGGAGAAACCCUAUAUAUGCCUGGAGUGUGGACAGAGCUUCACUCAGAGUGCAGGUCUACGUUCACAUCAAAGGACCCACACUGGGGAGAAACCAUAUACAUGCCCAGACUGUGGACAGAGUUUCUCUCAUAGUUCAGGUCUACAUUCACAUCAAAUUACUCACUCUGGGGAGAAAUCCUAUACAUGCCUGGAGUGUGGAAAGAGCUUCACUCACAGUUCAGGUCUACGUUCACAUCAGAAGACUCACACUGGGGAGAAACCCUAUACAUGCCUGGAGUGUGGUCAGAGCUUUGCCCAGGCUGCAAGUCUACGUAGACAUCAAAGGACUCACACUGGGGAAAAAGCCUAUACAUGCCCGGAGUGUGGAAAGAGCUUUUCCCAGAUUGGAAGUCUACGUAGACAUCAAAGGACUCGACACUGGGAAGAAACCCUAUACAUGCCCGGAGUGUGGAAAGAGCUUCAUUCGUAGUUCAGGUCUACAUUAACAUGAAAGGGUUCACACUGGGGAGAAACCCUAUACCGAGCAUCAACCAAGAGCUCCUCUGGAAAAAAAUAACAGUACAUGGAAUAGAACGUAGAUUACUACUCCUGAUCAAAAGUUUUUACUCCAACAACCAUAUCCAGGUCGGAACGGGAAUCAGUGGUGCCUUGACAAAGAGAAUAGAUUCCUGCAAAGGUGUAAGACAAGGAGGUUUAUUGGCCCCUUUACUUUUCAACCUUUAUAUGAAUGACCUGCCAGACCACCUCAGCAGCUCCGAGGUCCACAUGCCAAAAAUUGGUAACAGACACAUACUUUUCUAUACGCGGAUGACAUGGUUUUGAUGUCUAAUACUCCAAUAGGACUACUGUGUUUCCCUGAAAAUAAGACACCCCCAUAAAAUAAGACCUAGCAGAGAUUUUGGUGACUGGCCAAAUAUAAGACAUCCCCUGAAAGUAAGACCUAGCUGGAGGAAGUGUUAGGAAUUGUGGGAGAAGUCAAAAACACCUGGAGGGCCGAAGUUGGCCCAGGCCUGGUUUAGACUCAUAUCAUCCAUUUCAAGGCAGAUAAUCUAGAUCCGGAAACCUGUUUUCUAUGACAGUUUAGACCAGUGAUUCCCAAAGUGGGCGCUACUGCCCCCUGGUGGGCGCUGCAGCAAUCCAGGGGGGCGGUGAUGGCCACAGGUGCAUUUGAAUGUUUUAACUUUUUAUGUAUUACCUUUCUAUUCUGGGUUCAAAAAAUAGUUCCAUAAUUUCAAACUUCAAUGUUUCUAAUUUACACCUUUCUUUACAAUAUUUUACGAAAACGGUUGAAACAUUAAUACAGUAGAGUCUCACUUAUCCAACGUAAACGGGCCGGCAGAAGCUUGGAUAAGCGAAUAUCUUGGAUAAUAAGAAGGGAUUAAGGAAAAGCCUAUUAAACAUCAAAUUAGGUUAUGAUUUUACAAAUUAAGCACCAAAACUUCAUGUUAUACAACAAAUUGGACAGAAGAAGUAGUUCAAUACGCAGUAAUGUUAUGUUGUAAUUACUGUAUUUACGAAUUUAGCACCAAAAUAUCACGAUAUAUUGAAAACAUUGACUACAAAAAUGGCUUGGAUAAUCCAGAAGCUUGGAUAAGCGAGGCUUGAAUAAGUGAGACUCUACUGUACAUAUGUCUUUCUGUUUAAUUGCUAUUAAAAAUUUUAAAUAAUUAAUUUCCAGGGGGCGUUGAGUAAUAUUUUUUUUCUGGAAAGGGGGCGGUAGACCAAAUAAGUUUGGGAACCACUGGUCUAAACUGUCACAAAAUCCAGGUUCCUUAAUCCAGAUUAUCUGCUUUGAAGCAGAUGAUACGAGUCUAAACUGCCAUAGGAAACAGGUUUCUAAAUCCAGAAAAGGUAGCAAACAUCAAUAAAAAUGCCACAAAAAAAUGUUGUAGAAGUUGCCAGGAGGUGGGAACAUAUAUACAUAUGUGGUGGCAAUGUAAAUAUGUAAAUGUAUUUUGGGGGAAGGUAUUUAGAGAAAUAGAAGCCAUAAUGGAGAAGAAGAUAGAAAAAAGUGCUGAUAUUGCAUUGUUGUCAUUAUAUAAUGUCAAGAAUUUGAAAGGAAAAAAAAAGAGAACAAUGCAAUAAAUAAUAUGUUAACUGCAGCAAGAUUGUUGAUAGCAAGGAACUGGAAAGGUAGAAUAAACAUACAAAUAGAAGAAUGGUAUAAAGAACUAUAGAAAUUAGCAAUAAAUGAUCAGUUGAUAUGUAGGUUAAGAGUUAGGAAAGGGGUAUGGAAGGAAAAUGACUUUGACGAGGUUUGGGGAAAAUUCGUUGAGAAGGGUUUAAAAGAAGUAGAUGGGAAAUUACCUCCACAAGAAGAUAUUGUAUUUUGGAAAGAAUGUAAAUUGAAGUUGAUAUAUAGUUGAUGCAAUGAAUUAAGUGUGAAAAAUAUGAGAAUGGAAGGUACUGAUGUAUUUGAUGUAUUUUAAGAAAACUAAUAAAAAAUUUUUUUAAAAAGCAA